AUGCGGCGCAGUAGUGCUAUCUCUCGUUUCGUGAUCGGACGUCGUGCAGCUCCGUGACGAAGAAAUACGCGCAAUAUUUCCCUCCGGGUGAGGAGAAGUGUGUGUGUGUGUCAGUGUGUCUGUGUAGUUGGUGAUGAUGACGGCAACUCACGGGAAAGAUUUUUCUACCGCGUGAAUCAACCAGUGCCGUCACGGCAAAGGGCUCACACUGCAUAGCAAAACAACAAACGGUGCCAGCGAGAAGAUUGUUGGUAAACAGUGCGCGCGUGUUUCACGUGUGUUGCCAUUGUGUGUUGGACGGUGAAAACAGGAAAAGUUACUAGAAGAUUGAGCAGCUUUUUUCAUCACCCCGAAUUGCUGCCAAUCGGGAACUAAAUUUCCUCCCUCUCGAAGGGUGGGAGGGGGGCAAACACUACAAAAAUAGGCAAAAACGUGCACAAACACACACACACCGUCUCACACGCAGGCAAAGAGUUGUGUGUGUGUAUGAGUGUGGUUGCACUUGUGAAAUAUUCUUCAUCGCGCUAAAGGGAGAGAGUAGCACGCACAGCCCGUUUUAUGCGUGUCAGUGCGUAAAAUCGCGCGUAACAGACUGAAAGGGAAAACCCUGGCCUCAACCACACACACAUACUGGGGGGCAUUUCACAAUCAUAGCAGGCUUAAGCUGCCAAAAGGGGUAGAGCAGGUCCGAAAAGGGUUUACUCAACAGUGAAAAGUGUCAAAAAAAAGUGUGUGUGUGUGCGUGUAAAAGUGGUCAAACGAAAAGGGCCUUGCAACCCGGAGAAAAGCUGUAACGCAGCACGUGUGUAGAGAGGAGUGUUGUGUGUGUGUGUUUUUUUUGCACCAACAACAACAACAACAAAAGAAGUACGAAUGGAUUCGAACAGCCUGCUGAGCAUGAACCUGGCACUGAACGUGGCGCGGAAGUGUCGCAUCUGCGGCAUGGACAUACUCGAUCUCACGUGCGCCUUUCCGAUCUUUGGCAACGAUCGGGUGGAUCAGAAGCUGGAGCGCUACCUGCAGCUGAAUAUACAAAUCGAUGACCUGCUCCCGAAGUGCAUCUGUGGAUCGUGCUAUCUGAAGCUCGAAAGCAUCGACCAGUUCGCGCUGAUGGCCAGCCGCACCGAGGAAGCGUUCCGCGCCUGGCUCGGUCGUCUCCGCGGUCUCAACAGCCCGGCCGAGGCGGCCAAAAACGUCAACGUAAUGUUGCCCCUGUUUCGACUCGAUCCCGACGGUGGUGCCGAUUCGAAAAAGGGACACAACGCAUCGGCCGCCAAAGACGCACGAAGCAAUCCUUCCCCGACCGUAUCGACCGCUACACCACCGGCCAGCGUCAGCCCGCCCGAGAAGGGCAUCAUCUCGUACAGCGAUCUGAAGCUGGGGCUGCUGAUUAAAGACCAAGAGCUGCUGAAGCUGAUCCUGAAGGCGCUCCGGUGGGCGGAGAACGAUCGCCGUGCGUCGUUCGAGGUGUUGAUACAGCGGUUGAAGAAUUCGAGCUUCCGGGAGAUCCUCUCCAACCGCAACCUGCUGAAUGAUAGUGAUCUGACGCAGCUGCUCAAAUCGUACAUCGGGCAGGGCGUGAUGAACAGCUUUGCUGCGAUGCCUCCUUCGGCAGCAUCAACGCCGCUGAACAAUAAUAAUGUUGUGCCGCCAGCGGUUAUGUUUCAACCACCGAUCAAUCCGACUGGAGGCGUUAAAUCCGGAAAUCAAUCCGGUUUUGUGGCACCGGUUGGACCGAUUGCGGGUGUUAAUGUGAAUGAGUAUAGGAUCGAUGAGGCCAGCGUCACGCAAAUGGAGGUAGGGGUAGAUCCCGAUCUGUAUCUUCCGUACGAGGACGAGGAUAGCAGCAGUACGAACAAGUUUGAGGGAACAAGGAUCGAGGAUCGGCAGGAAAACACGGUCACGAUCAAGCUGGUGACGACGAACGUUGCUGGAGAUAUGAUUGAAAACAAAAGGAUGAUUCCUGCAAUCCUGAACGUCCGCGGCACCAAGCGCUUCCAGUGCAGUGCUUGCCCGGAGUGCUUCGAAACGAACGGCGAACUGCAACAGCACAUCGUACGGCGACAUCUGCCCCGAACCAAUCGCACCGUUAUCACCGAACAGGGCAAACCGGCGAUCAAAAUUCGUGUUCGCAAGAACAAACCCAUCGCCGGUCCUUUGCUACCGCCGAAAUUGAUCCCCCCUUCAGCACCGAUCACCCUUACAGCUACUACUCCCUCACCGACCGUGCCUACCCGCGACAGUGGUGGCGUGACGGUGGCCCGAUCCUCAUCUCCCAUUAAAAUUGUACCACUAAAAAUCCCUGCCUCGACCACGAUUACGGUUAUUCCGGCGACACCGCCACCGACGACCAUGGUCCCGGUGGAACCUAUCAAACCACCGACAGUCGAGCAGAAGGUGGAAGUAAAGCCACCGCCCAUAAAGAAAGAACCACCUUCGGCGCCUGCAUCUCCCGCCAAGGGAGAGCUUCUGGUGCGCAAAUCGAAACGAAAGACCUCGCUCAAACCGGAAGUCAGUUCGCUCAUACUGGAGAAGCAGCAGAAAAAGCGAAAGGUACAGAAAGUGGUGCAGAAACCGGUGCAGAAAGAGGCACAGACUCCUCCAGCACCACCAGCACCACCAGCACCUCCUUCGCCGAAACCGAAGACUUCACGCAAGUCCAACGCGUUCUGUGCGCUGUGCCGCAAGCGGCUAACGCCGAAGCAAACGAUGCGCGUGCACAUGCAGCAAGAGCACUCCCGGUAUGAGUGUGAAAAGUGUGACCGUGCGUUCAAGAGUGCGUUGAAUCUGAGCCGCCACCAGCAGUACCAUGCCAGCAGUAGUAGUACCGUGCCGACCGAGCUGGCGUCGUCGUCCGCCAGUACGAAAAGGGUACAGAAAGCAGCCAACCCACCACCACCACCCCAGCAGGAGGAGGAGAAGGAACAAACGCACAAGUGUUCCUACUGCGAGAAAGCAUUUAAACGGAGCCAUCACCUAAAGCUACACCUUAAACAUCACAAAAAGGAUGUAACGUCCGCUGGCAGUGGUUUGCGCAGACGGGCGAAGCUUAAUCAGAGCAGCAGUAGCGGUAGUAGUGGCAGUGCCAUAAAGAGCGUACUUGUUUCGUCUACCGCCGAAUCUGGACAAGGCAGUAAAGCUCGAAAGAUGGAAGCGACCAAACGUAAAAGUACAAUCACUAGGAAAGUUCGAUUUUCCUGCUAGGUUUUUUUCGUCUAUUUCUUUGCUUCAAUUCCCUAAACCGGAAAGCUUUAAAUGUAGGUAAAUGUUGAUUUGUUUCUUACGUCAUAGCGUGUGUGUGUGUUUUUUUUCCUAUAUUGCAAAGAAUUGCCUUCAUCGUUUGAAUACGUGUUACACUACGUAAGGAGAACUAUUUUAUGAAAAUGAAAUAAAGUUAAAUUCAUUAGCA